UUGAAAUUGAUUUAUAUAAAAAGAACAUUAAUUAAAAAUUAAAUAUGGCUAAAUCUGCAAAAUCUGGGAAAUCUGGGAAAUCUGGAAAAUCUGGAAAAUCUGGAAAAUCUGAAAAAUCAUCUGAAGACACUGGGUCAUCUGGAAAAACUGGAAAAAGUGGAAAAUCUAAAAAGUCUAAAAAAUCUAAAAAAGGAAAACGUGAAAAAGGGCCUACUGAGAAAAUUUAUAAAAUAUUAACUCCAGAGCAGAUAGAAAAUAACGAGUUGAAUUUUCAAAUGCGGGUUUCUAGUUUAAAAGUUUGUACUGAUAUAAUCGACGAGGCAGCUCUUGCUUUACAAAGACAAUAUGCAAAGACACGAGAGGAUAAAGAUUGGGAAACUUAUUUACGCUGCGAUGGUCUACCGCUACCAAAAGAACCAUGGAAUAUAGGAAAAUUUUUUGAAAAACUUCGGUAUUAUGAAAAGAAAGACGUUGAUCACACCAUUAACUGGAUGUUAGAUAUUGACGAGCGCAGUUUUUUAACACAGAACUCAGAUAUAAAAGAUAAUACCAAAAGAGCAUUAGAAAAGGAAAAAAAACCAAAUUUUGGUACAAAAUAUGAAACAAAUAUUAAAAAGGCACUACAGGUGUUGGAUAAUAUUUAUUAUUUUUUUGAAGAUGAAGAAGUUUUAGAUAAGAUCCCAUACCGUAUAUUGGAAGAGAUAAUAGAGCGUCAACCAUAUAUACAUAAAGAAAUAAAUGAGUUCUUUAAUCGACUAACUUAUCGAUUACUAUGCGCUGAGGAAGCAUAUAUGAAUUAUGUAGACGCUACUACGGCUGAAUAUUGCUACGAAGGCAAUUAUUUCUCUUUUCAUUUAUGGACUAUUAAAAGUGUACCAUUUGAUUUUAAAUUAUCAGUACCUCAAAGGUUUCUGGUAGCAGAUCUUCACCAGGUGAAAUGUUCCCUGGAAAUACCAUUCUCCAUGCUUGAAGAUAACUUAACAAUACGAGCCAUACAUACCACUUACGACCAUUUUAGUGAGUAUGCUAAAAGUUUCGAUGCAUUUUUAUCCGACAAUUAUAGUGAAGUGCCAUCUUUGGGCGAUGUUCUAAUAAAUGAAAGGCACAUGGAGAAAGACCUUCAAGAUGAAAUUCGUAAUAAAAUCAAUGCUAAGCGUGCAGAAUAUGAAGAAAAACUUGCUUUGCUAGAAGCAGAACUAGCGGAAAAAGCUAAAAACAAAGAUGAUAAAGGCAAGAAAAAGAAGAAAGGUAAGCCUAAAUUAACAAAAGUACCAAAAGAGCCGCAAAUGAUAUUACCUGGCCAUGCACCAGAUGUAUCAGAUGAAUUUCCUUCCCUGGAGGAUCAACAAUAUAUAGAUUUCAUUAAUACCGCGUUUAGUCCAUAUUCGAUGAAAUUAAGGGAUUCCGAAAUCAAUUUGAAGAAGCACUUGAUUGUAGGUGGUAUUUACAACUUUGAAUUUGUAACUAAGCCACAACAUCAUGAUUUGAAUUCAUUCAAUGUCACCAGUCAUGAGAACAAUGGAGAUUUACAAGUAAAAAAGGACGUUCUUAUAAAAAGAGCAAUUGAAGACAUACCGUCAGAUUUCUCUUAUAGAAUGUCGAAAUUUGGUAGAUUAAGUACCGCGUCUGCACGGGAUUCUGUAACAUCAUUGCAAAAAUUCAAUGCAACCGAAUCUGCUGCAACAACUGGAUUGUUUAUCAUACACCUUGAUUUGCCAGAGUAUUUGUGCCGGUGGAGUGAUCCCAUUGCUUGUCAUUUUGAAGCCGACCUAACGGAUUAUAUUGACAGUAUUAUUCAACGAGAAAAUGUUAGAGUUCGAUCGCGUCGUCGGAGGAGCAGAUUUUCCUCAAAAAGUACUCGAAAAAGUGCAACAUCAAAAUCUUUAGCAUUGGUACGAGUAAGUAAACCUGAAGUAACUGAAUUGAUUGCAUCAGUUCCACCACCUCCGAAAACAAUGCCAAUAAACUAUCCAAGACUUUUGCCAUAUCGACAAAUGGACGCAGAGAGAGUGCAUCGUUCGGUGCCAAUUUUUAGAAGAAAACCUAUUGAACAUCAAAUGUCAGACUCUGAAAAAAAGAUCAUUCUAGAUGAUAUCCCACUAGAUAAGCAAUUAACUAAAAGCGAAUUACGAAAUAUUAAGCGCCAUCUUAUGCCUUUAAUUUUAGCAUCAUAUAAAUUUCCAUUAGAAAAAUAUGAUGAGGAGAAUGAGAAAAAAAAUAUAGAAAUAAUGAAACAGCAGAAAUUGUUGGUAUAUCGUAGAAUCUCUUAUCAUGCUCAGGCUAAAAAGCAGAUAGCGCACAUAUUUAGCGAGCACAGGCAAAGAAAUCCGGAACGUUUAUUUCCGAUAUUUGCCAAAAUAGAAAAUACAAAUGCAUUUGAUGAGAUAAAAGAAAUAAUACCGAAUAAGGAGCCAGAGACACUUUUUGAAUUAAUGGCAAUAUUUAAAGCAAUUAAAGAGUACUGCCGGAAAAAGUAUUUGAGAGUCGCAUCAGUAAAUUUUAAAUCUAAGGUUAAAUUUAAAAAAAAAAAAAUACCAUAUGAAAAAUCAAAGAUCAACUUACCAGAAACCACAUCAAUGAAGUCAAUGCAAGAAGACGUUCCACCUGUGCAUUCUGAACAGAAUGCACAAAAUCUGAUGAUCGGCAAUAAUGAGGAAGAGUUUGGUGAAGAAUAUGAAGACGAUGAGGAGGAAGAGGAGGAGGAAGAAGAAGAAUUCAAUAUUGUAGAAACAGCUGAAUUCGAAGAAAAUAUUAAACGAUUUCCAUUUUUAUAUAGUCAUUGGACAACCAAGUAUAUUUCAGAUGUGAAUUACAAUAAGGAAGAAAAAAAAAUUUCUAUAACAACCAACCGUCUUGGAGUUAUUGGAUUCGCUGUACCACGUUAUGAGCAUUUUCCGUUUCAAUAUUGGAGUAUUGAAGGAAAUCCCGAGAAGGAAAAUGAAGUAACAUUUACCUUAGAAACGAUACAUGCAAAAUGUGUUUUUACUAUAACCGAUAAGGGCUAUACAGGUUAUGCUACAAACCGUGAAAAGAAAUUUCAAGUUACGAGGCCUAUAUAUAUAAAUAUAGAGGAACCUAUUACCGAAUUUAGGGAACUAAAAAGGCGAUUUCGUGAAGUGAACUUAAAUAUAUUUCCGGAUCAAGAUGCUUCAUUCUAUGUAAAGGGUGGGUACUUUUCUGAGAAACAUUUGGCCUGUGAGCUACACAUUUAUAAUGCCAUAGCAAUACAUGCAGCAAAAAUAUUGUUUUGGCAUUCAAGUUGGAAUCGUUUGGCGAAACGUCGUGAUUUACUAUUAAACUUUCUUCACUGUGAAGAUCGCAAGGAAAACGUUAAUCGUGCACAUAUCACUCCUACUGACGCCUCAUUCGUGGAAGUACAGGAAGUGUGCUCGGAUAAUCUUAACGAAAUAAUCUUACAGUAUGACUUAACUUGGAAAAAUGUUGAACAUUUUAUAGACUUACAUCAGUUAAUAUUGUCUCAAUAUCCGAAUGCCAAUGAUUAUCGCAUACAUAACUUCAAUUUAAUUUUUAAUAUUAAAAAUCUACUGAAAGAAUUGAGAUUAUUAAGUUAUUCAUAAAUAUAAAUGCUUGUUUUA